UUUUUCGGGUGUACGUCAGCCUUUGCACAAACAAAGUCAACCUCAAGUUGACCAUCACUCCUUGACUCGCCACCACCAGCACAUUCCGAAUUCCGCAUCCGAUGGCUUCUCCGCUCAAGCAGAUCUCGCCGGCCGACGUGGCCAGCUUCGCUUAUGACCCUGUAGACGCUUCGGCUCUCCAGGACGCGACGGUCAUCGUCAACGACGUGCGUGAGAAGGGCGAGAAGGCUCUCAAGCAGCACGCAGCGAGACUAGGCGACAUCCCGUCUGAGGACGCACCGCUGCUCGUGAGCAAGGCAGACCUCGCCAAGGCCUUCGACGCGCUGCCAAAGGACGAACAGAGCGUGCUGCAACGUACAGCGCAGCGCAUUAAGGUCUUCGCCCAGGCGCAGCGCGACUCGAUCUCCAACUUCCAGCAGCGUAUCGAGGGCGGCUUCGCGGGCCAAGAUGUGUCACCCAUGAACGCUGCUGGAUGUUACGCUCCUGGCGGCCGCUAUCCGCUGCCGUCAUCCGUGCUGAUGACCGCCGUGACGGCCAGAGUGGCUGGCGUCAAGACGGUGGUAGUAGCAUCGCCUCGCCCGGCGCCUGCUACGCUGGCUGCUGCUUAUUUGUCCGGAGCUGAUUACUUCCUAGCGGCUGGAGGCGCCCAAGCCAUCGCUGCAAUGGCCUAUGGAGUGGGAGGAAUCCCUCCUUGUGACAUCAUUGUCGGACCGGGCAACAAGUGGGUAACGGCGGCCAAGUCGCUCGUGUUCGGUAAAUGCGCCAUCGAUAUGCUGGCCGGACCCUCCGAGUGCCUCGUCAUUGCGGAUGAGACUGCAGACGCUGCUACUAUUGCCGCAGAUCUACUGGCCCAAGCCGAGCACGACACGGCAGCUGUGCCCAUUCUGGUAACCACUAGCCAGAAGACUAUUGACGCGGUGAAUGAACAGCUCACCAAGCAGCUGGAGACGCUGCCGUCGGCUCCUACGGCCAGCGUCAGUGUGAAGAACGGCUUCGCUGUGCUGUGUCCCGACAUGGCUACAUGUGUGAGCGUGUCGGACUUGCUGGCGCCCGAGCACUUGGAGGUUAUCACGAGCAACGCACGUGAAGUUGCGGACCAGGUCGCGAAUUAUGGCGGGCUGUUCGUUGGUGGUCGCGCCGCUGAGGUCUUUGGAGAUUAUGGCGCUGGUCCGAACCACGUGCUCCCCACUGGUGGCACUGCCAAGUACACUGGCGGACUCUCGGUGCACACUUUCCUGCGUAUCCGCACGUGGAUGCGCAUCGACAACGCACAAGAAUCGCAGGCACUCGUGCAGGACUCGGCACUAUUGGCUCGUAUGGAGGGCCUCGAGGGUCACGCACGCGCAGCCGAGAAGCGUCUGCUGUAGAACACGUGAACGAGGAGGCAAUGGCGUGAGUGCGUGGACCGGCACCAUCCACUCACGCACGACGAAUACAGAUACUAGUGCAUAUGCUGUGUGCUUGCGUAUAUUUGCCUGUAUAGGGACGUUUGUGGUGCUACUGUGCGUGUUUAAUUACCAUAGCCCAAGAAACUGGGAUACGAGAGUUCGAGGAGCAGCAGCGAUCUGCCGGAUCAUUUCAGCCUCGCGAGGAAGCAGGUACGCCGCCAUGGAGAACACAUUGAUGCUGUAGUCUUGCCACAGCACCCAGACAAGAAGUCCCAACAUGAUGGCGAAGAAACCGCGAUCAAGCCACGCGCUCUUGCUGCCGGGGUAGCUACUGGAAGGUAACCCUCCAGGAGUUUGU